AUGACUGUGGCAGACAGGACAGGCCCUGACUACACACGGCAGAAGAAUAAUGAGCCAGUAGAGGUAAAGGAGGUUCCUGUGGAGGAGAAAAAGGAGACCUUUUCAUCAGGGAGCCCGCAUUUCUACCGGAAAGGCACAACACCCAACCAGUCUCCAUCUCAGAGCCCAGGUCCCAGCCCCACUGCAUCACCCACUGUUGUUAAAAAUACCUUUUUUAACAGUAAAGUUGAUGCUGCCGUCACUCCUGGGAAAGAAAACAAAACCCCAACAGCUGAGUCUUUAACAGCAGCAGAGAAAUCAAAUACAGCGUCAAAACUUUCUCUCAGACAGGAAGUGAGGCAACAAGAGGACCCUCCAACAGUCAAACCAGAUGUUACCAUGACAGUUAGCAGUUACCCCAGCAAUGGGCAGAUUCACUCCCAGUAUCACGGUUACUAUGUCAAGGCAGAUGUCAAGAUUCCGCCACCCGAGGAACCCACUGGUGGGGAGGAUGACCUUCACCCAUUAAGCCUUGCACGCUUGCCGCCACCUGCCAAACAGAUUUGGACACCAGCACUAAAAUCCCUGCCAACCCCUAGCCCUUCACCAGCCCCAUCUAAAGAGGACACCAAAGCACCAGAACCUCCAAAGCCAAAACAGCAGGAAUCAACCAAACCAAAGAGCCUAGUAGAAACCAAGAAAGCUAGUGUGGAAAUAGCCCCUGAAAUUGUAGAGGAGGAAUCGGGCCCAAACUCUAUCUUGGUGGCUCUAGUGAUGCUGUUGAACGUAGGUCUAGCAAUCAUUUUUGUCCAUUUCCUCACCUGACCAAAUCUGACCUCAGGGGACUCAUCCAAACUAGUCCAAGUUGCUAACUGUCCAUCAGCCAAAUGGCCAAAAAUGGCGCCCCUCAGAACGGCAGACACGGCCAAAACAGAGGACUGAAAAUACAUGCGUGAAGGUGAAGAAGAAGUGGGGGGAAACACAUGGAGAUGAGAGAGGGGCAAAGCAGAGAAAGAGAGAGAAAGAUGAAACCACCCAACCCCCACCCUUCUCUCUCUGGAUGGACUGAAUGAUUUGACUUAACUUGAUUGAACUGGCAAUGAUGAUUUGUGACUCCACACUGCAGUGAAAGUUGCUAGUUGAAAAUGGGAGUCCCAACUAUGGAUUCUCUAUCAGGCUUAGAAAUAACUGAAAGAGUUGAGUGAAUGUGAGUGAGGCCUGGCAUCUGUAUUUCCUAUAAGUGCCUGCAAUGUGUGUGCUUGUCUGUCUGUUUGUCCAUUUUUAUCCAACUGUACAGCAAAUUUGGUAGUUUUGAAAGGGUGCAAUUAAAGGUUUGUGCGUCAUCCA